UGUCCCUCGGACACAGCGGAUCACGGAAAGAGCCGAAGAUGGGACAUGUGCACUGAUGAUCAGGGCACUGAUGAUCAGUGUGCCCUGAUGAUCAGUGUAGCCCCAGCAGUGCCACCUGUCAGUGUCCAUCAGUGCCAGCAGUCAGUGCUCAUCAGUGCCACGUGCCAGUGCCCAUCAGUGCCACAUCAAUGCCACAUAUCAGUGCCCAUCUGAGCUGCCUUUCAAUGUCACCCAUCAGUGCCAGUCAGUGCCACCUAUCAAUGCCAAUCAGUGCCACCUAUCAGUGUUGCCAAUCAGUGCCGCCUAUCACUGCCAGUCAGUGUCGCCUAUCAGUGCGCAUCAGUGACG